AUGGCAUCAGGCCAAAUCCAGACUGUCCUUGGUGAUAUUGAGCCCAGUGCGCUGGGCCGCACCCUUACUCAUGAACACAUAAAGAUGGACUACAAAUGCUGCAUUCAGCCACCCUGGAGAGCUUCUGAUGCAGAAAAAAUGGUAAAUUCGGAGAUCAACUUGGCUAAUCUUGGAUGGAUCCAGCACAAUCCUUAUAGUCACAAACUCAACUUGUCACUUGGCGAUGAACCCUUUGAUGACAUGGUCAAAGAGCUGAACUUGUUUAAACAGGAGGGUGGACAGAGCGUAGUUGAAGUGACUAUCAAUGGUAUCAACAGAGAUGUGGAAUACUUAGCUAAAGUUUCCUCAGCCACUGGCCUGAAUAUUAUUGCUGGUACAGGAUACUACAUAGACCACACCCUUCCUCCCGAAAUCAAGGCCUUAUCUGUUGAGGAGCGCUGUAAGGUUAGUAAUAUUGUAAUAUUAAUUAUUUUCACUGCUAGAAUAACUAUGCCUAUGUAUAACAAUGCUGGUAUCCUUGUAGCAACCCAGGGCAUUACAAGCAAUCAUCUAGAAGUCUCAGGGGAGUUGUUUUCUCUAUGUAGAAUCUAGUUGAGGGGGAAGGUACAGGAGGGUAAAUCACCCUCCUCCCUACUUUUUCAGGCCAUUUCUCCCUCCUCCAUGUUCUGUUUCUUUCCCCUUCUAGUUGUCCCAUGUUGUAAUUGUUGGUCUCUUUUGCCAAAUAAUUUUGUUCUUAACCAGGUUAUAUAUUUUUUUUCCCUACCAACUCCCCUUCGGUGACACAUAUCCCUCUCACCAGUAUCAUUGUCUUAGGGCCCUCUACCUUUGCAAAAUAUUGCUUCUCAGUGGUCUUGCAAAUAAUUAAGGCAGCUAGCAAGUGGUUGUUCUGACAGUACAUGGAAAAGGUAGUCAGCCUAUUCCUACUGCAUUCCUAUUACCCCAUCACAGGGGACUGCAUUUAAAUGGGAGGUAACAGGCAUGCCAAUUAUAAUAAUAUAAUAUAAUUAUAUAACCUCAGUCAUGCUGUUUCUAAACCCUUCUAUAAAUACUGUACUAUUAUAACUAGUAAUAGCCAAAAGGUUAGGGAAUGUGGGAGACAACGAUUGAAGGUCAAGACGCUUCUGCUCUAGCAACUAGUGGUGUGCUUUGCUUAAGUUUUAUGUAAUAAAUGGUCAAAACACAUGUAUAAUGAGAUAAUGAGUCACAGGAGGUCCAUUAACGGGCGUGAUCCGAUUGCAUUCUGUACAUUCCAUUCAUUCUUAGUGGAAGUCCAAAUAAAGCUGGGUUCAUUGCCAAGUAUGCUUAAAGGAGCUGUGUCACGAAGUUCAGCCAAAUUAGGAAAUUACAAAAUGCCUGUUAAAUUAAAAGAAACAUAAAAAUAACCAAUUAAAACUUAAAAGGAAGGUUUAAAAUAACAUAACAGAAACAACAGAUGCCAGACGGGCAAAACUGAAGAAGAUUGAAACAGAUUGAAAUUAGGGUUGUUUGAAAACUGUUCAGCCUAACAGUGUUUUAAUAGCGACCUGGAGAUUAGGAUUGCAGGCUCCUUUUGUCUCCCCCAGUUACGGUACUAUUUAACAAUUAUUCCUCGAGCCAGAGUGGGCUCUAAGUCAAUAGCCCAUGAGGCCAAAGGCUGAAUGGGCUAUUGACUCAGAGGCCAUGAGGGCGAGAGGAAUAAUUUUUUUAGUAAAAUGGAACUAGCUGGUCAAAAAUAACGAAACAAAAUAACUUAAGCUUAAGUUAAAGCUAGAUUUUAAUCCGUGUGUGCUACCAAAAAGCCGGCACUUUUCGCUACUAGUGGGCUAUAACAUAUAGCCUAGUAGUAGCUCAACCAAUCAGAAUGCAGCAUUGAUAAUAGACCACUAGCUGGAUUUCACUAAUAACAAGCAUUCCUCGAGCCUGAAUGGGCUAUUGACUCAGAGGCCAUGAGGGGGACAGGAAUAAUUGAUUUAGUAAAAUCCAACUAGUUGGUCAAAAAUAUUGAGACAAAAUAACUUUAGGUAGCAAACCACGAUCAGCUGCCAUUGUUAUGGUUUUCAAAGCGGGCGCUUUUCGCUACAAGUGGGCUAUAACUUAUAGCCUAGUGGUAGCUCAACCAAUCAGAAUGCAGCAUUGAUAAUAGACCACUAGUUGGAUUUUACUAUUACUCCCUCCUUCCUCAAAAAAUAUUUAGGGGGGAAUCUGUGGGAGCUGUAGCCCAAGCUAUAUAAUAUAUUGAAUCCAUUUAUUUACUGACAACGCUAAGCGUUGUCAGUAAAUAAAUGGAUUCAAUAUAUUAUAUAGCUUGCAAGUUCCACCCCUCCCAAGGAACUGCAGCAGUCUGCUAGCUAGAGCAGAUUUUAAAAAUUCUGAUGUAGGGUUUCAUCCACUGACACAUUAAAAGUUUCACUGACAGCACUGUUUGUAUUCAUAAUUGAAAUAAGGAGUAAGAGGCGAGUUACAAAAUGAUUUUGAUAAUUAUAUUGUUUGUUGGUAGACAAUGGUCAAGGAGCUCACUGAGGGUGUUGGAGAUACCACUAUUAAGUGUGGUGUCAUAGGAGAAAUAGGAUGUUCAUGGCCACUAACACCAGCGGAGAAAAAAUCAUUGUUAGCUGCGGCAGCAGCACAGUCUGAGACUGGUGCUCCUCUUAUUAUUCACCCUGGACGGAAUGAACCAUCUCCCUUGGAAAUUGUGCGAAUACUUCAAGAGGCUGGGGCAGAUAUUAAUAAGACUGUCAUGUCUCACCUUGAUCGCACUGUCUUUGAUCGCUCCAAGCUCCUGGAAUUGGCCUCCACAGGGGUGUAUUUAGAAUAUGAUUUUUUUGGUAUUGAGGUGACUUAUUAUCAGAGCAAUCAUGCAACUGAUAUCAUAAGUGAUGCCCAGAGAAUACAAAAUAUUAAAUUCCUGGCUUCAGAAGGGUAUGCAGAUAAGGUUGUUAUUGCUCACGAUGUCCACACACGUCAUCGACUUGUCAAGUAUGGUGGCCAUGGUUAUGCUCACAUACAAGUGAAUGCUGUUCCAAAGAUGCUUAUGAGAGGAAUUUCCCAGGAAGUCGUUGACAAGAUUCAGAUUUCAAAUCCUAAAGCAUGGCUGACAUUCAAGUGA